CGGGCUCCGCGGGAGCGGCCACCGCUCCGCUAGUGCGGAGGGCACCUCCGGCACCGCCCGGCCCCGCGCUGCCCGCCCUGCGCUGCCGCUCCGGCUCCUAAUCGGAUUUCGGAUUUUUUUUUCCCCUUCCCUCCCUCUUCCUUCCCCCACCCCUCUCCCCGGCGUGCGCAGCGCCCGCGGGCAGCGGGCUCCGGGUGCGGCGGAGCGCCUGCCAGCCCGUAGCAGUGAGCGGCAUGCCCGCCCGGCGGCCCCCCUCCUGCUAGGCUCCCGUCGGCACCGAGGAGGCGGCGGAGGAGGAGCGGGGUCGGCGGCCGCUCGCCCGCCCCGUCGCAGCGCUCCCCCGCCGCCGCCGCUGCAGCCACCCGCGAGGGAGGCCAAGAUGGCAGAGGCGUCGCCCCCCGCCCCGCUCUCGCCCCUGGAAGUGGAGCUGGACCCCGAGUUUGAGCCGCAGAGCCGGCCCCGCUCCUGCACCUGGCCCCUGCAGAGGCCCGAGCUGCAGGCCAGCCCAGCCAAGCCCGCCGGCGAGCCGCCCGCCGACGCCGCCUCUAUGAUCCCCGAGGAGGAGGACGACGAGGAGGAGGGGGGCGGCUCGGCCAUGGCCGUCGGCAGCGCGGCUCCCGCGGGCAGAGAAGCGGCGGCGGCCACCAGCGUCCCGGAGGAGGCGGCGCGGCUGCUGGCCCCGCUACCCGGAGCCGGCCCGGAGGGGCCAAGCCUCUCACCGGCUGGAGCGGCAGCAGGAGGUGCGGGGCUGACCGGGGGCCCGGCGGCGGCCCCGAGGAAGUGCUCGUCUCGGCGCAACGCGUGGGGCAACCUCUCCUACGCCGACCUCAUCACCCGCGCUAUCGAGAGCUCCCCGGAGAAGCGCCUCACCCUCUCCCAGAUCUACGACUGGAUGGUCCGCUGCGUGCCCUACUUCAAGGACAAGGGUGACAGCAACAGCUCGGCCGGCUGGAAGAAUUCUAUCCGACACAACUUGUCACUCCACAGCCGAUUUGUCAGGGUGCAGAAUGAAGGCACCGGGAAAAGCUCUUGGUGGAUGAUCAAUCCAGAUGGUGGGAAAGGCGGCAAGGCACCCCGGAGACGCGCUGUGUCAAUGGACAACAGCAACAAGUACACAAAGAGCAGAGGGCGAGCGGCUAAGAAAAAGGCAGCCCUGCAGACCGCCCAGGAGACGAGCGAGGACAGCCCUUCUCAGCUCUCCAAGUGGCCAGGGAGUCCCACCUCCCGCAGCAGCGAUGAGCUGGAUGCAUGGACAGAUUUUCGCUCCCGUACAAAUUCCAAUGCCAGUACGAUCAGUGGCCGCUUGUCACCAAUUCUGGCAAGCACCGAACUAGAUGAUGUCCAAGAUGAUGAUGCUCCACUUUCUCCCAUGCUAUACAGUAGUCCAUCGAGCUUGUCCCCUUCAGUAAACAAACCAUGUACUGUGGAGUUGCCUAGGUUGACUGAUAUGGCUGGGACAAUGAAUUUGAAUGAUGGACUGACAGAUAACCUCAUGGAUGAUCUCUUAGACAAUAUAACACUUCCUCCCUCCCAGCAGUCACCCACGGGAGGGAUGAUGCAGAGAAGCUCCAGUUUUCCUUAUGGUUCCAAAGGUUCAGGGCUGGGUUCCCCAUCAAGUAGUUUCAACAACGCCGUGUUCGGGCCGUCGUCCCUGAAUUCCCUCCGCCAGUCGCCUAUGCAGACCAUUCAGGAGAACAAGCAGGCCACCUUCUCUUCCAUUUCUCAUUACAACAACCAGACGCUGCAGGAUCUCCUCGCCUCUGAUGCACUUAGUCACAGCGAUGUCAUGAUGACACAGUCUGACCCACUCAUGUCGCAAGCCAGCACAGCUGUGUCCGCCCAGAAUUCCCGCAGGAAUAUAAUGCUCCGCAACGACCCCAUGAUGUCGUUUGCCGCACAGUCCAGCCAGGGCGGUCUGGUCAAUCAGAGCCUGCCCCACCACCAGCACCAGUCCCACAACUCGUCUCUUAGUGGCAGCCGUGCCUUGUCCAGUUCCAUCAGUAACAUAGGCUUGAGUGAUUCUAACAGCUUGGGAUCUACCAAACAUCAGCAAUCACCUGUCAAUCAGUCUAUGCAAACACUUUCUGACCCGCUCUCAGGCUCCUCUUUGUACUCCUCUAGCAUGAACCUCCCAGUAAUGGGACACGAGAAAUUCCCAAGUGACUUGGACCUGGAUAUUUUCAAUGGGAGCCUGGAGUGUGACAUGGAGUCCAUUAUCCGCAGUGAACUCAUGGAUGCAGAUGGGCUGGACUUUAACUUUGAUUCCCUCAUCUCAGCUCAGAACGUUGUCAGUCUGAAUGUGGGAAACUUCACUGGUGCUAAACAGGCUUCAUCACAGAGUUGGGUACCAGGCUGAAGGAUCUUUGAGAACAGGGAAAAUGGGCAAACAGGCCCUCAAACUGACAAGAGAUGUAGAAAGAGAACCCUUUGCCAAAUCUGCUGUCAGCAAGUGGACAGUGAUACUGUUUACAGCUUACGACCUUUGUGAACCCUGCAUUAUUUUCCUGAUGAAGCAGACUGUUAACAGCCCCUUAUCGGAGUGAAGAUCCUCCUUUUUUUGCUUCCUUUUCUCUUUUUUUUUUUUGAGAAUUUAACUAAUUCUGAAGUAUGCAAAAUCUUCCUUUUCUGGGAUGGCCAAGCACCUGCUGUGGAGACAAUGUUCAGCACCAUCCUGUUGAGAACACACUGUGUAGCCUUUACAGUAGUUACUGAUCAAUGAGUAUGUGGUGUUUCAAUAUAUUAAUGGUUUAUGGGAUGUUUUAAGUUGGCUUUUCUUUUUGGAGGUUUUCCUUUCUGCCCACCCUCCUCUCUACAAACUCCAGUCUGAUUUCCUUUAGAUUUUUUGACCAUUUUUGCUUUCUGUCCCUGGGGAAUCUGAAGUACUGCACACACGCAAGGAAAUAUUGCUCAGACGUCAGGGGUUUCUGAAUAUACAGCAUUUAUUAUUACCCAUCAACCGGCUGAAUUCCAGAGAGAGGUGAUGCGUGUGGUCUGUUUGUUUGUUGGGUUGGUUGGUUUGUUUCUUUCUUAUUCUUCCCUUAAGUUUGAUGGUACACCCCUCUUUUCUGUUAAGUGUCAAACCAGGGUUGACUGCAAAACCAGGGAAGCCAGCAAGUUCGUCUCUUGGCUCGUGAGGACAGACUGACAGUGGGUGCCAUUGCCUGCACAUGUGCAUGGAGGCAAAGCCUGAUGGAACAGGUUCCUCUCCUGCUUUAUGUAAGCAAGGCUGCCCUGCAGCUGCAGCAGGCUGGUAAGGUGUUACAGGCUGAGCUGCCAGACAAAUUGAACAUAGCCACCUCUAAAGAUGUGCUUGGAAAAGCAAAAAUGAAAGGAAAUAACGCCACUUGGCAGAAAAGCUAAGGUUAGAGGCUGGGUGUCAGCAGGGACUUGCAGUGGCAGUGCCAGGAGUUGAGGCACAGGUUGUUGCAGGGUGUAUUACUGCAUCAGUGAUCCUUUUGUUUGUUUGUUUUGGACAUAUCCUUGAUUAUUUUUUCCUUCUUAUUAUGUAUAAUCUGUUAAGGCAGGAGAAGCAGAAGGAAUGACAAGGUGACAGUAUCAUACAAAUGGCUUUUCAUGUGAGCACAGAUUGUAACAGGAUAAAUGACACUGAAAGACAAGGCAGUUUUAUAUAUUUUGCUUCUAAGAUUUUCUUUUGUAAAAUGAAUAAUAAUUAAUAAUAAUAAUAAUGAAUAAAAGGUAUGGUGCUGUAUAGAUCCUCUCUAUAAUCUGGAAAGUUUGAUUACUUUUUAUUAGUAUCUUGGGGGGGGAGGGAUACAAAGAGGGGAAAACACCAAUGGUACAUAGGAACUCAGUAUGAAGAGGUUCUGAAUAGGACAGUGUAUACCUAAUUCUCCAAAGCGAUAUAUGAAGUUUUUUUUUUGUUUGCAUAAAAGCAUUAUGCAUAUAAAUAUAUAAAUAUAUUUUAUUAUGUACAGAAAUGGAUCAUUAUGCAUGGAUGUUAGGAAAACAAACUAGCAUUUUAACCCAAAGUCUCAGUGCAUGAGUUCCCACCGACCCGUGUCCCAUGCAAUGUGGAGUGACUCCCUCUCGCCACUGACACCACACAUGCACAGUCAUGCACAAACACACACACACACACACACACACAAGCAUUCGUGGGCCUUUCCUUGCUCCUUACGUUCCAGGUCCCCAAGGUGAUAUUGGUGAAACAACAGCUCCUAGUGUGAUGGAAGUUUUGGUUUUGUAUCGUAGCCCCCACGCUGUAAAGAUGCACCUCCUGGUUUCUCCCCGCAGUUAUGACUGUGUAGAGUCUGUGCAGUUGUGGUAAUCGUAGCCCUGUAGCAUAUCAACUCUUCCAAGCAGCCAAGGGUUUAUCGUUUCCCUUUUAUACAAAUGUCUUUUCCUUUUCACACCAAGGUGGUCUAUUUGUCAGCGUGGGGACUAGUUUAUUGUGUUUAUUGGAGUUAGGUGAUGCUCAUUGCUCAUCUCAGUCAGCAGCCAGCUGGCCAGGAUGCUCAUGUUGCACAGCGGCCACCUAGGCUAGAGGUAGCUUUGCUCAUCAGAGUCCAGGCACCUUCUACCAAAACUGAUCAAGAGCUCUAUUACCAGCCUCCUCUGGUGUGUAGCAUUAGCUCUCAGCUUCCCAGUACAACCCAAAACAUGAGUGUAUGCUGAAGGACUUCCCUCUGGUGCUGCUUCUCCUGAGGCUCUUCUGGCUGCUGCCCUGCAGCUGGGCUUGUUCCCCUGCCCCAUGGUUUUGUCUGCCACCAGAGCUCACACUGUGGCUCCCUGUGCUGGGACACAGCAUUUGACCCCUUCCACAAGUGAGCCUCCGGUGAGAUCUGGGUGCCUGCCCGAACACCACUGGCCAGGUCGCUGACAGCACCAGUAAGAGCUGACUUGGUGGUACCGCCAAGGUGACCAAAAUCCAUCAUUUCAUUUUUUCCUCUUGUCAGUUCUUGUCGAAGGCAAGGGAAGGACCAUUAGCUUAAACCAAACGAGAGCAGCUUUUGCUCUGCUAUGGCAGGCUAGUCCCGUGGAGUUCAACAGAGCUAGAUCUUGCUGGCAGAAAUGAGAGAGAAAAUGAUGGUCUGCUCUAUUCAGGAAAUGGAGAAAACUCCCUUGAUUUAGAGACAGCCCAUCAAUGGCAGGGAAUUAAUAAUAAAUAAAUAAACAAGGAAAGCAUUAGCAUCCCAAAGGCUUAACCUACUUCCCAGCAGUGUCAAGGGCAGCAUUUCCACUGGCACGGCUGGGACCCUUUGAACCCCUGCUUUGGAGAACGUGCUGGCACUCACUGAAGAUGAGUGGACUUGGCCAACCUCUUUGGUUUGGUUUCCGUUGCCCAUCUUUAGGGACAAAAUCUUCAAGCAGGAAGGCCUGGAGUCAGGCACCCAAUGUCAGGGACUCCAGCAUGCUUGUAGGGGGUGAGCAGCUCUGCCCUCCUUGCUUCUUGAAUGAGGGAGAGGUGUCAGGUCCCCCCAGGCCCAGGGGAAGGUCACCACCCUCUGCACCUGCUGAGGUGCCCAGCGACACCCUCCCCUCCAGAGGUGCUAGAUAAAUCUCACUGAAUUCAAAGGGCCACUUACUUAGGUGUCAAAAUACAGACUUGAAUGGCUAAUUCUGGGAGCCUACCUUUUGAAAGUUUGGCCUUUGUGUCUUUGAACAUGUUUAUGAUUAGAAGUUUUCCUUCUGAAACUUUGUAAAGCAGAUAAAGGUGCAGAACAAUGACAUAGUUACUGUUUAAACACUUAGUGUAAUAAAAAAAAGGUCUAAAAAGGUGACAUUUAUGCAGUUCCUAGUCACAGGUUUGGGACUUGAUACAAUGAUUUUGUAAAAAACCUGUAUCUUGACAAUAGUGGGAUAGUUGACCACUGCUUAACUCCAGACAUUUUUGUGCCACCGCUUCAAAAAGUUCUUUUUUAGGUCAUGUAUUUCUCUAAAAUGAUGUCAUUGCUUGGCAAUUGGUGUCCUGUAAGCGUUUCCAGUACACGACAUACCUUUGGAAUUGCCAACACAUGCAAAGGGGGACCAGAUACAUUUCGUUACUAUGGGUUGGAAAAAAUGGAUUGUACAUUUGGCUUCACAUGUUUAACUUUUUUUUUUUAAAAAAGUUGCAUGAUUGGAAAAAAAUAUGUAUACAGUAUCUGUAAAACUGUUUUAUCUGUUUUUGUUUCAAGCCAUGUAAAUUGGAAGAAUAUUAAAUCCACAGCCUUAUCGCGCAUGGCCGUCGUUACAUACCGAAGAGCUGAACAGUUUAUACUUUUCAUUUGGGCUAUCUUGUACUUUCAUUUGAAAGCAGACACUCUCACGUUGCAGUCUUACUGAGGAUUUUAUAUUUUAAGAAAAAGAAAAAAAGAUGCUGCCCUGGAGGAAUAUACUACCUUACUACACAGAGGUUGGAAGGAAGUUUGUUUUGGAGCAAAACCUGCCCCUUUCCGAGCGAAGCAGAGAUGCAGUGCUUACUCCACUUGGUGUUAGUAGAUAUUGCCUUGUGUAUUCCAUUUUAAAUUGUAAUCUAGUUUGUAAAAGAGAUGGUGACGCAUGUAAAUAAAGCAUAAUGGAUCUCUACAUUGCA